UCUUGUCCUCUCUGUCUCGCCUUCAAAGCCCUCUCUUUCACCCUCUCUCUCCUCAAUCCUUCUGCUCAAUCCACUUCGCUUUCUGUGAGACUCUUCACUCUCUCUCACUUUAGAUUUUCGCAGCUGGGGGCUUCGUUCCAUCUCCGCCGUUGCUUUUGCAGAGAUGAAGUUUUGAAGAUGAUGAUGAGCCCUGAUGAUCUUCCUCAGCUGGUAAGAACCAUCACUACUGAUUGGGGUUUUUACAUGAAGAAAUGUUCCACCCAUUUAUGGUGAUCCACGUACGGUCCCUAAUCUGGUUGCGCAAGAGGAAAAAAACCAGCACCCAACAAAACCCUUAUACCAAUUAGUCCAAUAGCUUUCAAAGUUCUUAACUUUAACUUUUUCUUUGGCGUCAAAGAAAGUCUUAGUAAUAGUCCACUUGUAAAGUUCCAAGAUUGCAUUUUUACUUCAUUUCCCAUCCUGUAUUUCUUUUUCGCUUUGCUAUUUAUUAUUGGGUUGAGACUUUUUUUCAGCUCAGCUAAGUAGAACUAGCUAGUUUUAUACAAAAAUUUGUUCUAAUAGUUACUUUGGUAAAGAGGGAUUUUGGAUCUUUAAUUGAUUAUAAAGGUGGCGAGGAUGAGCUUGAGGGCGGCCGAGAAAGAUUCGGCAUCAGAAAUUCAUAUCCCAGCUGAUAUAGAUUGGCAUAUGCUUGACAAGUCCAAGUUUUUCUUUCUGGGUGCUGCUUUGUUUUCUGGUGUUUCAGCUGCUCUUUAUCCGAUUGUGGUCUUAAAAACCCGUCAACAAGUUUCACCCACUCAAAUUUCUUGCCUGAAGAUGUCUUGUGCUAUGAUGCGCCAUGAAGGUCCUAGAGGGUUUUACAGAGGUUUUGGUACCUCUCUCAUGGGAACCAUUCCUGCUAGAGCACUUUACAUGACAGCGCUUGAAGUUACCAAGAGUAAUGUUGGGACUGUAACUGUUAGAUUAGGCUUUUCAGAUACUACAGCAAUGGCUAUAGCUAAUGCUGCUGCAGGGUUGAGCUCAGCCAUGGCUGCCCAAUUAGUUUGGACCCCAAUUGAUGUUGUGAGCCAGAGACUUAUGGUUCAGGGCUGCAGCACCAGCAGCAAAAACAUCCUCCCCAAUGUGAGUUCAUAUAAGUACAGCAAUGGUCUUGAUGCUUUUAGGAAAAUUGUACAUGCAGAUGGGCUGAGAGGAUUGUAUAGGGGAUUUGGGAUAUCAACACUGACUUAUGCACCCUCGAAUGCGGUUUGGUGGGCUUCUUACUCUGUUGCACAUAGGCUCAUUUGGGGUGGUUUUGGUUGCUAUAUGUGUAAGAAAGAUGAGAGUGGCUCAGCCAAUAGGCCUGAUUGCAGGGCAAUGCUGGCAGUGCAGGGGUUGAGCGCAGCCAUGGCUAGUGGGGUUUCUGCUCUGAUAACCAUGCCACUGGAUACCGUCAAGACCCGGCUGCAAGUUUUGGAUGCAGAAGAAAAUGGGCAAAGAAGACCACUGACCAUAAUGCAGACUGUGAGGAAUUUGGUGAGGGAAGGUGGGUUUGCUGCUUGUUACAGAGGGCUAGGGCCUAGGUGGGCUUCAAUGUCAAUGUCUGCUACAACCAUGGUCACUACCUAUGAGUUUCUCAAGCGGAUGUCGACUAAGAGCCAAGGGAGCUACCCUUCUUGACUUGAGCAGUCAAAUGGAGAGAACACAGAAAGAAGUGGGGUUUGAUUCCAUUUGUUGCAAAUUGUUUUUGCCGUUGGCAAUACUGCCCUGCCUACUUGCCACCAUAUGGGAUAUUGUAAAUAUGUAUAGAGUAGUUUUCUUCUAUAUUUCCUCCUCUUCUUUUUUUCCAAAAAUUUAUGUAUCUUGCCUCUUCCUCUUUCAUCUAUGUUGUGCAAGUAAUUCUAUUUUCCAUGGUUUGACU